AUGGAGAAGAUCAAACACCGCUACAGUAGUGAAGUCCACGCGACCGAUGAUGGCGGAUACACAGCCCUACACUGCUGUGUUUGUGAUAUUAACGAACCUGUCCUUGACAACGGCGAUACUGUCCGUGUACUGUUGGAAGCCGGUGCUGAUGUCGACGCGAAGACCACCGGAGACGGCAAUUGCGCCACGCCUCUCCAUUAUGCCGUAAAUCGUCGGAUAGCACCGAUAGGCGCGAUCCGAGCCCUGUUGGAGGGAGGGGCGAAUGUCAAUGCGCGUGACGUAUUCGACCAGACACCAUUGCAUGUAGCUUGUGCGCGUUCGAGCGUGAACGGUGUGGAGUUUCUACUGCAUUGGGGAGCAGAUGAGAAGCUUACGGACUUGGAUGGAGAAACCCCUGCAGGCGCGAUAGUCGACAGCGAGGAAGAAACCCCUCCAGACGUGACGGAUGCUCCGGGAGAAAACCGCGGCAAAGACGAAGCAAUCGAGGCCGACCAGCACCGCAUUCGCCAAAUGCUGGCUCGCGCUCCAGCCGAUAGGUCAUGGCAUCGCCGCCGCUGGCUGGUGCUGAGCCGUUCCUGCCCGACCAAGGUGCAGAUCUCAAACACCAGUAGCAGCAGUAACAUCAGCAGCGGCAGCAGCGGUGACGGUCUUUCCGCCGAGAUGGUGAGUGUCAACUGCAAGGAUUUGGGUGGAGAUGACAAGGAGACGGAGGAUCAGAAAACGGUCAACUGGAGGGAUUUGGUGGUCAGGCUAGUCGGACUGGAGGCUGACGUAUUGUUCCGGUUGGUGGUGGGCUUCCUGUGA